AUGUCAGCCAACAAGGAAUUAUUCUAUGCCGACGUUGAUUCACCAAUCGUCGUCUUGUCUGCUUUGAAACAUUUCAAUGCCUUAUCAACAGACAAAGCCAAAAAAUACGCUCAUUAUUUAUCUAGAGCUUCAUUCCACGGUACAAGAGCUGUUUUGAGAUCAGUUUCUCCAGAAAGUGAAAAUAUUUAUGAUAUGAUUUUAGCCAUUCAUGCCAAAUUAGGAACUCCUAAAUCUGCCGAAGAAUACACUGAAAAAUUGGCCCCAUUGGAUGCCAAAGACGUUCAAUAUUACUUGGAUUAUGCUUUGCAAUUUUUGGAUAAUGCUGGUAAUUUCAAAUCUUUUGGGGAUAAGAAAUUCAUUCCACGUUUAUCUGUUGAAAAGUUCGACCAAUUGAUUGAAAUUGUCAAUGACAAGCAAAUUAGUGACUUGUAUGCUAAAGUUAAGGAACCAAUGUUUAGCACUGAAAAGGGAUUGUUGGGUUACCCUGCUGCCGGACACGUUUCCAACUAUUACCCAAACAGUGAAGAUAUCACCAAAGCUGAAAUUGUUGCUGUUAACCAAUUAUUGGCCAGUAAAGGAAUUAUGCCAGAAAACACCAGAGUUGAAAAGAUAUCUGAUUCUGAAUAUAUUGUUCAUGUUGCAUCUGCUGAAACCACCAACAAAACUGACUAUUAUCCUCAAGAUAAAUUGACUUCUGAAGAUGGUAAAUUCUCUGUUACUUUUAAAUUUGGUGAUCACAGUCCUGAAUUUGCCAAGAUUGUUGAAAAUUUCAAGAAAGCUUUACCAUAUGUUGCUAAUGAAACCCAAGAAAGAUUACUCAAAUACUAUAUUGAAUCCUUUUCUACCGGUUCUAUGAAUGCCCACAAGAAAUCACAAAUUGAAUGGGUUAAAGAUUUGAAACCAGAAGUUGAAUCCAACAUUGGUUUCAUUGAAACUUACAGAGACCCAUCUGGUGUUAGAGGUGAAUGGGAAGGUUUGGUUGCCAUGGUCAACCAUGAAAGAACUGCUAAAUUUAGCAAAUUGGUUGACAAUGCUGGAUUUUUCAUUGCCAAAUUGCCUUGGGAUAAAAUUUAUGAAAAGGAUACUUUUACUCCACCUGAUUUCACUUCUUUGGAAGUUUUAACUUUUGCCGGUUCUGGUGCUCCAGCUGGUAUCAACAUUCCAAAUUAUGAUGAUGUUAGAUUAAAUUAUGGUUUCAAGAACGUCUCCUUGGGUAAUGUCUUGUCAGCUUCACCAAAAAAUCCAAAAACCAAAGAAGUUAUUACAUUCAUUAGCGAAGACUUGGAAGAAGGAUUUAAGAAAUGGCGUGAUAUCGCUUUCGAAGUCCAAGUUGGUUUGCACGAAUUAUUGGGUCACGGUAGUUGUAAACUUUUACAAGAAGUUGCUCCUGGUGAAUUCAACUUUCCAAAAGAUUUGGAUGUUAAAAGUUACUACAAACCAAACGAAACUUGGGGUUCCGCAUUUGGUCAAAUUGCUGGUUCUUAUGAAGAAUGUCGUGCUGAAUUGGUUGCUUUAUACUUGAUUUUGAGCCAACCAAAAGAAGUUUUGCCAAUUUUUGAUAUUGUUACCGAAGAAGACCAAACCAAGGUUAAAUUCUUUUCUGCUUUAAUGAUGAUCAGAGCUGGUUUACUCGGAUUGGAAUUCUGGGAUCCUAAAUCCGAAAAAUGGGGUCAACCACAUAUGCAAGCCAGAUUUGCCAUUAUGAAACAAUUACACAAGGCUGGUGUUUUCAAGUAUGAAUUUGAUGGUGAAAAUCUUACUAUUAUUAUGGAUGAACUGAAAUUGAAUGAUGGCACUGCUGUCAAUGCACUCGGUGACUUCUUAUCGAACCUUCAUGUAUUCAAAUGUACUUGUCAAGUUAAAGCUGGUACUGAUUACUACUUGGAAAAAUCCAGAGUUGAUCCAGAAUACAGUAGAUUCAGAGAUAUUGUAUUGAGAGAAAAGAGACCAAGAAAGAAGGUUAUUCAAGCCAACACCUUUUUGAAUGAAGAAACUGGUGAAAUUACUGUUGUUGAAUAUGAAGAAAGUGAAGUUGGUAUGAUUCAAAGUUACUAUGAUAGAAAUAUCUAG